AUGCUACCGGAAAUCCAGACUGUCUUUCAGGAAUUCGCACCCAUCGUAGGUUACGCCGUGACCGGUGUAAUUUCCGCCAACCGUCCCGAGGGCCACAGCGUAUCUCGCGAAGAUUGGUGGGACCUGAUCGUGUCCGUUCCCGAACCGCGUUUCAUCGUGCUCCACGACAUCGACAACCCGCCGUUGGGCGCUUACUGGGGUGAAGUUCAAUCCAAUAUUCACAAGGCGCUUGGUGCAUUGGCAGUCGCAACCGACGGCACCGUCCGCGACCUGGACGAGGUGCGGGAACUCGGAUUCCAAUUCUUCGCCAAACACGUUUCGGUUUCCCACGCCUACGUUCACAUGGUGGACAUGGGCAUCCCGGUCGAGGUGGGAGGCCUGACGGUUUCCACGGGUGACCUGCUCCACGGAGACAAACACGGCGUCACCAAUAUUCCCUUCGAAUUGGCCGAUCGUAUUCCCGACAUGGUCGCCACCAUCGCCGACUACGAACAAAAAACCAUCGGGUUGUGCCAGUCUCCAGACUUCACACUGGAAGCACUGAAAGAAGUCGCAAAAAUCACUCGCCCAUACUGA